AUGCAAUACCCAAACAUAAAUGAUGAAAAAAUGAAGAGAGCAGUGUUAGUAGCUUGGAUCCUUGCUUUUAUCAUUGGGGUUUUUAGAGUUCUAAAAAUGUCCCUAGUUUUACGUUCUUUGUCUGGCCUUCUCAUCCUUUCGUGUAUUCUUUUCCUUGCUUUCGCCUACUUCGUAGCGUAUCGAGAAACACGUCUUCAACAAGAAAAGAUUAAAACUGAACAAUUGCCCCAAAAAGAAGUGAAAAGAUUUACCAGAGAGAACAAGGUGCUUAAAAAAACUGUGUUCGUAAUUGGUGCUGUUGUUGUUUGCCUUCUGCCACUUUGUUUCUGUCUUAUCGUUACUGCUACAGGCCUUUGUGAUAUUUGCCCCAUUCCCAAAAUUGACGCAAACGUGUGCCAUGUUAAACUCACUUGUUAAUCCACUGAUUUACUGUUGGAGACAAAAAGAAAUGAGAAAGGUCAUAUUUCGAUCGAGAACGCAGGUCAUGGAUGCAGGUAUCCAGUGA